UUCAUUUCACAAACCGAUUGUGGAAGAAAUAUUUCGUAUGCGCCAAUAGCCGUGCAAAUUUCUGUAAUGCCUCAAGCUUUAUGGAGGAUUGCUUUUGAUCUCGAUUGUGCUUUUACAUAGUUUUUCACGACUCUUUGGGUUUCGGAGGUGUCCAUGAUGGACUUGGAAAACCAAUCCGUAAAAGUUGAGGGGGGUGUAGACAACGGAGCCAGACGAAAUGCUUUAAGAAAGGAGCUGAUUACAACAUUUUUUGAUGGCGUUACAACCCCGUAUGAAGGCUUCCUUCGAACUGUUCAAAACUCAGGCGAUCAGCCAUGUUUGGGAACAAGAGGGGGACCUGAUAACAAGUAUCAGUGGAUCACAUAUAAAGAGGUACACGACCGUGCCACUAACUUUGGUUCAGGCUUGGUACAUCUUGGUUGUGAACCUUCUCAAAAUACAUUUGUUGGAAUCUAUGGUCCUAAUUGUGUUGAGUGGGACUUAGCAGACCUGGCUUGUCAGAUGUAUUCCAUGAUUUCUGUGCCAAUUUACGAUACACAUGGACCAGAAGGCUGCGUUUAUAUCCUUAACCAUGCGGAUAUAGAGACGAUUAUUUGCAACGGUAAUAAGUUGCGAUUCAUUUUCGACAAUGCCAAAGAAUGUGAGAAGGUAAAAAGGAUCGUUAAGAUGGACAAGCCUGUAACAGAGGAAGAGAAAAAAGAAGCUGAUUCCCUUGGAAUUUCUUUGUUAUAUAUCGUGGAAGUAGAGCAAAUGGGUUCUAACAAUCCUCAAGAGAGAAAGCCUGGGAGACCUGAGGACACCAUGACUGUCUGCUAUACAAGUGGAACAACGGGUACGCCGAAGGGUGCCAUGUUAAGUCAUGGAAAUAUAAAUGCUGGGGUCGCAGGAAUUCAAGUCCAAUAUGAGGAAUCUGGUCUCCAGAUGAUAGAAGGAGACUGUAUGAUCUCCUAUCUUCCACUGGCUCACAUGUAUGAGCGACUGGCUCAGGCAAUGUGCUUCUUAAAUGGAGUGAAAAUUGGUUUCUUUAGGGGUGACGUAAAACUACUGCUGGAUGAUAUUCAAGAACUAAAGCCAACGAUUUUCCCCUCUGUACCAAGACUGCUCACUAGAGUUUAUGACAAGGUGAUGGCACAAGUUUCCCAGAGCAAACUCAAAGGCUGGCUUUUUAACAAAGCACUUGCAUCUAAAGAGGCCGGUUUAAAAAAGGGAAGAAUCAGAGGUGAUACAGUUUGGGAUCGCACUGUGUUCAAGAGAAUAAAGAUGGCCCUUGGUGGAAAUGUUCGGCUGAUUGUCACUGGAGCUGCUCCCCUGUCGGCUAAAGUAAUGAUGUUUCUAAGAUGCACUAUGGGAGUUUGUUGUGUCGUAGAAGGCUAUGGACAAACUGAAAGUACUGCAGCAGCAACUAUUACUUUCCCGAGGGACACGUCUGUUGGUCACGUGGGAGCACCUCUUCCCUGUAAUCUCAUCAAGUUGGUAGACGUCCCAGAAAAGGAGUGUUACGCAAAAGACGGUAAAGGAGAGAUCUGUAUAAAGGGACCGACGGUCUUCCAAGGCUACCUGAAAGCUCCGGAGAAAACUGCCGAGACAAUUGACAAGGAUCAGUGGCUCCACACCGGAGAUAUCGGAGAAUGGCUUCCGAAUGGAACCUUGAAGAUAUUUGAUCGUGUCAAGCAUAUCUUUAAGCUUGCUCAGGGUGAAUACGUUGCUCCGGAGAAAAUCGAAAAUAUUUACCUGCGCAGUACUUUAGUAGCCCAAGCGUUUGUACACGGAGAUAGCUUACGGUCAUUUGUAGUGGCAAUCAUCGUUCCAGAUCAGGAGGUGUUGGAACCUUGGGCACGAUCUAAAAAUAUCCAUGGAGACUUUGCAGAGUUGUGUGAGAACGAAGAGGUAAGAAAAGCAGUUAUGGAUGACAUGACUAAAAAAGGCAAGGAGGGCAAGUUGAGCUCCUUUGAACAGGUUAAGGAAAUCCACUUACACAACGAAUUGUUUUCCGUCGAAAAUGGAUUUCUGACGCCAACUUUCAAGACUAAACGAGCGCUGGUUGCCAAAGCUUUCGAGCAAAAGUUCCAAGAGCUGUAUGAAAAAGUCGACAAGAGGAUGCAGUUUAUGCGUUCAACAAGUUUUGAAAUUCAGCAAGUUGUUUAGUUAAAGAACUCAGAGUACGCAAAGCUUUUUCAAGUCAUUCUGUCGAUUUAGGGCUCUGUUUUAAGCCUUACCAAUGUUCUGCGCUCCUAAAACACCGUGAAUUGCUGGCUUGAAUGAUUAUUUGUAACUCGUGUGAAACAACAUGGUUCUGACAGCCUGAAAAAACGCCCACAGUCACUAAAACGUUUGCAUAUGCGCAGAUGCUGGACUACUAUGUUCCUCGUAUGUAAACUAUCAAGCUGAUGACUGCAGUUAGAAAGCAGUUUAUUUUAAAUCAUAUCCCAACUACCUUUUUUUAUCCUUGUAUUACUCAGAGUAUCUAAUCACAGAAACAUAUCUUUAACUAUCAACUAUUAAUUGAUAAAUAAUAGUAAUUGAACUGAGUGAAGUACAGUUUGGGCGGAAAUCACAAGUAUGAUUUCAGACCAAAAUUGCAUGACACGAGGUUUAAUAACCACUGUAUUACAUCCAUUUUGAAAUCACCCAAAUACAGGACUCGGUCAUUUCAAAUAUUAAAUUUGAUACAGUACUGAGCCGGUUUGAAAUUAGAUUCAUCCAUUUUUGGGGGGAAAAAAAUAAGAGUUUUGGAAACAAAAGUUGCAAAAUUUGCCACAUGAUACUCUUUGCCUUUCAUUUUCCUGCAAUUUGAUUGGUUCCUUUAAACCUUGAAAUCUGAUCGGUAGUUUUGUUUUUAGUGUUGCCUCCUCGUUGGCUGGGAAAAAGAUGCGAUUUAAAGCAAAAAUAGGUGCGAUUUUUGAAUAAAUCGCACCAAUCAGAGCCAAUCAGAUAACAGGGACCACCAGUGGUUUCAAAAUGGGUGUAAAAAAGACGUUAUAAAUCUGGCCCGUAGCAAAUUUUAAAAAGCCUACGUUUAAUGCAAAGCACUUCGCUCAAAACAUCAUGCAGCUUUUCAGCAAUUAUGUCAGCGGUUUACCUACUGUCGUGAACUUGUAAAUUAUAAGAAAGAAGUCUUAAGACCGUAAACGCAGCACAACAAUUUCUAUAGAAACGUAUAACCUGUGUAUCAACUGUACUUGUCGGCAUUCAAUAUAAUAAACAGCCAUAAAAACACAAAAUUCCAUACCUUACUGUAACAGAAGUUUGAGUAACUUUUUCCAUAAGCGGCAGGCAUGCUUAACAGACAGCGGUAAGAGGUCUUAAAGGCGUAAGUACGUCAUGUAUAGGGAAUUAUUAUCUAUUCAAUAAAUAUUGUGGGAUAUUGAUCAAAUGAAGCCUUUAA